CCCCAGCCACACAGCAUUCGGAUCUGCUUGAGAGAUCCGUUAAAGCUCUGUUAUCGAUUAUUUAUCGAUAUUAUCGAUUGUGAUUGCUUACGGUGAUUAUCUACAGAGUCGCGUCUAUCGUUGUAAGAGAGGUAAGCCCUCACCAGAGGCUGAGCUUGCUCCUGACAGGCUUGCAAAGAGAGACUCCGUUAUCGAUUAUUUAUCGAUAUUAUCGAUUGUGAUUGCUUACGGUGAUUAUCUACAGAGUCGCGUCUAUCGUUGUAAGAGAGGUAAGCCCUCACCAGAGGCUGAGCUUGCUCCUGACAGGCUUGCAAAGAGAGACUCCGUUAUCGAUUAUUUAUCGAUAUUAUCGAUUGUGAUUGCUUGCUGAUUAGUGACAGCUGAUAACGGUGAUUAUCUACAGAGUAGUCGUCUAUCGUUAUAAGAGAGGUAAGUCACCACCAGAGGCUGAGCUUGCUCCUCCUGACAGGCUUGCAAAGAGAGACUCCGUUAUCGAUUAUUUAUCGAUAUUAUCGAUUGUGAUUGCUUGCUGAUUAGUGACAGCUGAUAACGGUGAUUAUCUACAGAGUCGCGUCUAUCGUUAUAAGAGAGAGUUCCGGCGAUGGGAGACCGCCCUAGCCUACGAGAGGAGGAGGUGGAGGUGGAGAAGGUGGAUGAGGUGGAGGAGGUGGAGGAUGAUGAGGUGGUGGAGGUGAUCAACUUCGGAGCGGGCCCCUCGAAGCUUCCGCGCCCGGUUCUUCUCCAAGCCCAGAGGGAGAUGCUGGACUACCAGGGUCUGGGAAUCAGUGUGAUGGAAAUGAGUCACCGAUCAGCGGAAUUUUCGCGGAUUAUGAAAAACACCGAGGGAUUAAUACGUGACUUGCUGGGCGUCCCCAGCAACUACCGAGUUUUGUUCGCCCAGGGCGGCGGCUCCGGCCAAUUCAGCGCCAUCCCCCUUAACCUGCUCGGACGCUCUGGCUCAGCGGGUGGUGGUGGUGGUGGUGGUAGUGGUGGCUGUGGUGUUGGUGGUAGUGGUAGUGGUGGUGUUAGCGGUGGUGGUAGUGGUGGUGGUAGUAGCAGUGGUGGUAGUGGCUGUGGUGGUGGUGGUGGUGGUAGUGGUGGUGGUGGUGUUGGCUGUGGUGUUAGCGGUGGUGGUGGUGGUGUUAGCGGUGUUGGUGGCUGUGGUGUUGGUGGUGGUGGUGGUGGUCUUAGCAGUGGUGUUGUAGACUUCAUGGUGACUGGGUCGUGGUCCUACAAGGCUGCACAGGAGGCACGCAAGUACGGUGCGGUGCGUCUGGCCCACGAGCCCCUGCAAGAGUACACACGUGUUCCCCUGGACGUGAUUGUGAAUGAAGAUGCCAGCUACCUCUACUACUGCAGCAACGAGACUGUGUACUGUGUGUACUGUAUGUGUACUGUAUGUACUGUAGGUGUUCCCCUGGACGUGAAGGUGAAUGAAGAUGCCAGCUACCUCUACUACUGCAGCAACGAGACGAUUCACGGCGUGGAGUUCCGUCAGCCGCCCAGGCACGCUACUGAUGUCCCGCUGGUGUGUGACAUGUCUUCCAACUUCCUGUCUCGUCCCGUUGAUGUCGGACAGUUUGGUGUGAUCAUGGCAGGUGCUCAGAAGAACGUUGGCUGUGCGGGUGUCACUGUGGUGGUGGCUCGUGGAGACCUCCUGGGCCACGCCCUGGGGCCUUGCCCCGUGGUCAUGGACUACGGCACGCUGGCUCGGGAGGGCUCCCUCUACAACACGCCUCCCUGCUACAGUAUCUACAUCAUGAUGCUGGUGUUGGAGUGGAUCCGGCUGAACGGGGGAGCUGAGGGCAUGGAGGCUCAGAACGUGGCCAAGGCUGAAACGGUCUACUCAGCCAUCGAGAACUCGGAGGGGUUCUACUCUUGUCCCGUGGAGAGAGACAGCCGUAGCCGCAUGAAUGUGCCGUUCCGUCUCCCCUCCGAGUCGCUGGAGAGACUUUUCCUGGAGGGAGCUGCAAGCCUCAAAUUCCUCGGACUCAAGGGACACCGGUCUGUCGGUGGUGUCCGUGCGUCUCUCUACAAUGCAGUGUCUCUGUCAGACGCAGAGAAACUCGCUGGGUACAUGGAGGCGUUUAGACUUAGACAUCAGGAUCACUGCUAACUACCACUAGCUAGCACUACUACAACUAACUAGCACUAACUACCACUAGCACUACUACAACUAACUAGCACUAACUACCACUAGCACUACUACAACUAACUAGCACUAACUAGCACUACUAC